AUGACCCCAGAUCCCACCUGCCCGCGCUGCAACGGCCAAUUCGUCGAGAUCAUCGACGAGACUGCACCAGUCAACGACAACGAUGCAGACGACGAUGAUGGUGUCGAGGCCAACUACCCAUUUGGUGCUCUUCCUAGCAGCCGCUCGCAGCCUUUCACCUUCCACACUGGCCAAGCAACAGCUGGCUCGCUCCCGCAGUUUCUGGGUCAGAUGCUCUCCGCAGUAGCCGCUCCAUCGAAUGCGCCUAACACAUCGCGGCAGGAUGCCUCCUGGAACUCUCAGUCCGACUACCAAAGGAGGUGGGCUGAGCAGGGACCAGGUCAUUCUCAAUCAUCCUCAACCACGCGGUCAGGUAACACUUCCUUUGGACCCUUUGGCAUGCAGUGGAAUGUGCAGUACGGCUCGGGUGGUGGCGAUCCGUAUCAGCGAGCGGCACAGAAUCAGGCGGAGCACAAUCAGCGACAACAACAGCAGCAAACUAUGGGCUCUCCCCCCACCCUCUCUAACUUUCUGCGGUAUGCCUUUGGUGGCGCCGACUCGACAGACAACAACGCUCGCCAAGAAGACACCUACUUCCACGACGACGGCAUGGGCGGUGCAGGCGGUGUAGCAGACGGCCGACAUUUCAAUCAUGACAAUCGCGGCACCUACCACCAACCUCCUCAAUCUCCCAACAACAAUAAUGCUGGUCGCCCGCACAACGAUCUCCCACCCGAGCUGGGGGCUCUGCGCAAUCUCUUCACAGGUCUCUUUGGCGAGUCUGCCACGCAAGGCGGCUCGCUCCUCGACAUCCUCGCUGCAGGGGCACAGGGUGGGGCAGGAGGUCCACGCGGUCAAUGGGGCGACUAUGUGAUUGGCCAGCAAGGGCUCGACGACAUCAUCAGCCAACUGAUGGAGCAGACGCAGGGAUCAAACGCGCCACCACCGGCGGAAGAGGAUGUCAUUAAAAAGCUCGAGAGAUUCACACGGAAGGACAAGGAGCGCAUCGAAAAGGCGAGGAAUCAGGAUUGCCCAACGUGCAAGGACGAAUUUCUUCCCUCGCCAGAAGCGAAAGCGGACGACGACCCGCAAGCAGACGACGACCAGCAGGAGGAGCUCAUCGCCAUGCCGUGCCGCCACAUCUUCCACGUCGACUGUCUCGUACCAUGGCUGAGGCUCAAUGGCACAUGCCCCGUCUGCCGGAUCAGCAUCGCCAAGCCGCGCGAAGAUCAAACAUCCGCAACCAAUAGCGGCAGGAACGCAACGGCGUCACAACAGGCACAAUUGUCCAUCAAUGCCAACGCGAGCAGCACCUCGACAGACCAAUCCGUCCCCGGGGGCUGGCCCUCCCCACCGAACCCGUUCACCUCGCUCUUCGGCGCCUUCUCCAACCGCCACCCGAACGAAGGCGUGCACAUCCCCCGCGAGUCCCCUGGUGACUCGACGACAACGUAUCACCCCUCACCCCCAACGAGCACGACGGUGACGUCGACCGUCUACCCUGCGACGGCGAGGACGGGUGGCACGCCCGGAAUUGGAGGCGGAGAGGUGGUCAACAGCAUCAUCUCUAGUCCGCCGCUUGUGGAUGAUCGGGCGGAGUUCUUUGAGCCUGACGAGCCAACGCAGGAGCACUCCGGUGGUCGAGAGGAUAUGCGCGAGACCUUGAGGCGGGCUGCCGAGGCGAGGGCGCGGAACAGCAGCAAUGCAGAGGGUGCGGCGGCAAGAAGGGGUGGGCAACCUACGCUCGAGCCGGAUGAGCUGGAUUGA